AUGGCGUCUGCGGGGUCGAAUACGAUUAAGGUGGUCGCCCGUUUCCGUCCCCAGAACAAGGUUGAAUUGGGCUCUGGUGGUACGCCGGUUGUCGACUUCGAAAAUGAGGAAUCGUGCGCGAUCAACUCCCGAGAGGGAACAGGGUCCUUCACCUUUGAUCGCGUCUUUCCGAUGGGCUCUGCGCAAGCCGAUAUCUUCGAUUUCUCGAUCCGACCCACUGUCGAUGAUAUUCUGAAUGGAUACAACGGAACGGUUUUUGCAUAUGGUCAGACUGGUGCCGGAAAGUCGUAUACAAUGAUGGGAUCUGAUAUCGAUGACGAUGAGGGCAAGGGUAUAAUCCCGCGUAUUAUUGAACAAAUUUUCGCCAGCAUCUUGACUAGUCCGAGCAACAUCGAAUACACCGUGCGGGUCAGCUAUAUGGAGAUUUACAUGGAACGAAUUCGUGAUCUGUUGGUACCGCAUAACGACAAUCUACCGGUACACGAAGAGAAGGCUCGUGGUGUUUACGUCAAGGGGUUGUUGGAAGUCUAUGUGUCAAGCGUGCAGGAGGUUUACGAAGUGAUGCGUCGGGGUGGAAAUGCUCGAGCUGUAGCUGCCACCAACAUGAACCAGGAAUCAUCUCGCUCCCACUCCAUCUUCGUUGUCACGAUCAGCCAGAAGAACGUCGAAACCGGGUCAGCCAAGAGUGGCCAGCUUUUCUUGGUCGAUUUGGCUGGUAGUGAGAAAGUCGGGAAGACGGGAGCCAGUGGUCAGACACUGGAAGAAGCCAAGAAGAUUAAUAAGAGUUUAAGUGCUCUUGGAAUGGUCAUCAAUGCGCUCACUGACGGAAAAUCAACUCACAUUCCGUACCGUGAUUCGAAACUCACUCGAAUUCUACAGGAGUCUCUUGGUGGUAACUCUCGAACAACCUUGAUUAUCAAUUGUUCGCCCAGUAGUUACAAUGACGCUGAAACGAUUUCUACUUUGCGAUUCGGUGUUCGAGCGAAGGCUAUCAAGAACAAGGCGAAGGUCAACGCCGAAUUGAGCCCAGCUGAGAUGAAGCAGCUUCUUCGCAAGGCCCAAACCCAAAUGACUACAUUUGAGACAUAUAUUUCUGCUCUAGAAAGUGAAGUCAAUACGUGGCGUGGUGGUGACAGUGUGCCCAAGGAUCAAUGGACCCCAGCUCGCGGAAAUGAAGUUGUCAGCGCUGCGAAGGCAGAGGUACGCACUCCUCGCCCGGCUACUCCAUCCCGCUUGCAGGAGGCAGCUCGAGCAGACACUCCACGCCCCGACUCUCGCCUUGGAGACCGCUCCAGCACUCCCAGCCUCGUAUUGGAGAAGGACGAGCGGGAAGAAUUCCUUCGCCGCGAGAAUGAAUUGCAGGAUCAAAUCGCAGAGAAAGAAUCUCACAUUGUCAACGUCGAGCGCAGUUUGCGCGAGGCUCGAGAGGAAUUGAAGUCUAUAAAAGAGAACGCUGGACGGUCUGGCAAGGACAACGAUCGACUGAACACCGAGGUCAAUGAGUUACGCAUGCAACUCGAAAAGGUUUCCUACGAAGGCAAAGAAGCUGCGAUUACGAUGGAUGGCCUCCGCGAGGCCAACUCUGAACUCACAGGUGAAUUAGAUGAGGUAAAGCAACAGCUUCUUGAUGUACGCAUGAGGGCCAAGGAGACUACCGCAGCGCUGGACGAGAAAGAGAAGAAGAAGGCCGAAAAGAUGGCCAAGAUGAUGGCUGGAUUCGACCUGGGUGGUGAGGUGUUUUCAGAUAAUGAACGCAAGUUACAGGAUCUAAUUCACCGUGUUGAUGCCCUUCACGAAGUCAGCGCAUCCGGAGAGACUGUUGCGCCGGAUGACAUCCUUGAGCUUCGUACAAGCCUUCUGGAAACUCAAGGGUUCAUUCGUCAAGCCGAAUUGACUAUGACCGACCGAGGCGACUUACGCGAGCUGCAGGACAGCCGCCGUGUUGAGUUGGAGACGAAACUACACGAAGUUCAACAAGAAUACGAAGGUCUCUUAACUCGAAAUUUGGGUGAGAGUGAUGUCGAAGAGGUCCGUGAGCGAUUAGAAAAGUCUUUCGUCAGUCGCAAGGAAACCGAGACCGCGGCAGUUGACGAACUACGCACUGAAAUCACUCGCAAGAAUGAGGAACUGGCCAAAAUGCGAGAAUCCCUCGUCGAUACGCAAUCCCGCACCUCCUCGAAUGGUGCAGCUAGCAAAACGUUGCAGCAGCAAAUUGCUGAGUUCGACGCUAUGAAGAAAUCCCUGAUGAGAGACCUACAAAAUCGCUGCGAGCGUGUGGUAGAACUCGAAAUUUCAUUGGAUGAGGCUCGAGAACAGUACAAUAACGUCCUUCGAUCAUCCAACAACAGGGCUCAGCAAAAGAAGAUGGCCUUCUUAGAACGCAACUUGGAACAAUUGACUCAUGUCCAACGACAACUUGUGGAACAAAACAGCAGUCUGAAGAAGGAAGUGGCUAUUGCGGAGCGCAAAUUGAUUGCCCGAAAUGAGCGCAUUGCUAGCCUUGAAAGCUUACUUCAAGAAAGCCAAGAGAAGCUAACCCAGGCCAAUCAUCGAUUCGAAGCGCAGCUUACAGCAGUGAAGGAGCGAUUAGAGGCUGCCAAGCAAGGUUCUACGCGCGGCCUCCCAUCUAUGGACAGCAAUGGCGGUUUCAGCUUCGGAGGGUCUCGCAUUGCAAAGCCACUUCGUGGUGGCGGUGGAUCGGAUGGACCGAUCGAAAACGCAGCUGUUGCAGGAGUGCAAUCACAAGAGUCCUCUGGUAAACGAUCCAGCUGGUUCUUAAAUCGUAAAUAG